AUGCAGCAACCCUGUGAGGUAGGCAAGGCUAAGAGGCAGGGCCUGGCCUCCAAGGUCACACCCUUGCCCGAGCUCUGGAGCAGGAGGCAGCUGUGUGUGAGGGUAGUCAAGGCCGCUCUGGGUGACGACAGCACCAGGGUCCGCCUGGCCACGCUCCGCGCCAUUGGGAGGCUGCUGCGCACCAGCUACCUGGAGAGGAUCGAAGGCUGGCCUCUGAACUACGUCUCCCUGCAGAUGGCCGUGUCUGCCCACCAGCUGACACACCCCACACUGAGCCUCCCCUUGGGCGGCUUGGAGGAGAAGGCUAUCGGAAUUGCCAGCGCAGAGGUCCUCCACAUCGCUGUGGCUUCGGGAAGGGGCACCAGCCAGGAAUUGUGGACCAAGUUGCUGAGCUACCUCAUGCAGCCCCCUUACAUGGCUUUAGUCACCCCCCUCUGCCACGCCUUGAGACUGCUGGCAGAGCAGCGACUACGCCGGGUGGGCCACAAGCAGAAUGGCCUGGGGACAGGGAGUUUACCGACUCCACAAGAAUUGAUGGCGCGGCUCCUGGCCCUCACUGUCUCCCCCUUGGAAGGGACCGGCCGAGGAGGUGCCGUGCUGCUCCUGAUGAACGCCCUACGCCCAGAGGCCUACAGGGAUGUGGGGGAGCACUGGUGGGUGGAGAUACCUGCCCUGGUCCGCUACCUGGAAGGCCACAGCAAGUACACGCUCGAGCCCGCAGCCUGGGAAGCCAAACUCUUGGAGUUCCUGCAGAAGUCGUUGCGGAGGAGCGAAGCGGGAGGCUGGAACCUGGUGCUGGGGAAGGAACUCGCCAAGCAGCUGAACACCUACCACAACUCCUCUGCGGAGAAAGGCUUCCUCUACAAGGCCUUGGGGAUGGCGCUGUCUGCCGCAGGAGAUACGGAUGGGGUGGCACAGACACUUCUGGACCUGCUGCUGCACACAGAUUACACGGAGGAAGCCCAGCGAAAGAGUUUGCCGGAGCCAGGGAGGGGCAGCGUGAAGAGUGCUCUCCUCCUGCUUUACGGCAGCAUGGCGGUCCGUGCCCCCCGGGAACAGCUUGUGCCUCUGCUGACGAGCGAGAUUGUGCCGCGGAUCCUGCGCCAUUAUACAUCUAGCGGCCCAGAGUUGACUUACUUUGCGGGAGCCACGGAUGCUGAGCUGGCCCUGAGCUUCUCCCAGUGUGUGUCUGAUAUCAGCCUUUCGAUCCUGAGCAAAGGCGAUGCCCCAUCCUUCUGCCUGCCCCAAAAACGCCUCCUGCUUGACCUCCUCGUGGACAUUAUCAAAGCAGAGCCCCUCGACGCCCUUGUAUCCCCUGUCCGCCAGCAAGUGAUGGUUGCCCUCCGGCACUUGAGCCACGUGCCAGAGCAGCUGAGCCGGGAGGAGAACCAGGUGCUGGCAGAGGUGGCCCUGAGCAGCGUCUUUGCUCUUCCUCCUUUGGGGCUGGCAGCGGAUGCAGGCCAGGCACCGCUGCCUUCCAGCGUUCAAGCACUGCAUACAGGUGUCCUGACAUCCCUGUCAGAACUGGUGGAGACUCUGCUGGAGGAAGAGGAGGUGAGGGUGGAGCAAAGGGAGAGUGCCAAUUUGCAGUGGUUCCAACAGGCCUUCCAGCUCCUGGGGUACUGGAUGGUGUCGGAGCGGGAAUGGGAGCGUGCCCGGGCUUUGCAGCUUGGGGUGCACUUGCUUCGGGCCCAUUGCCAGAAGACCAGCGCUUCCCCACGGAUCCCCCCAGAACAAUUCAGCCACCUGACUGGGGUGCUGGGGCCUUUCACCUGUGACGUGCUGGGCAGCAUCCGGCAGGGUGCUGUCGACUGCAUCAGGGUCUUGCUAAGUACCCAAGGCACCCAAAGGCCAAGGGGCCGCUUGGUGGCCUGGCAGCUUCACUGCAUCCAACGCAAGCUCCGGAGCGAGAGCAGCCCCCGGGAGGUGCGCACAGCCUCUCUCCAGCUGGCGAAGGUUGUCAGUCGUGCUCUGCCCCCGCAAGAGAUCCUGGCCUUCCUGCGCACCUUGCUGGAGCAGCUGAGAGCCGUGAGCCCCACCUGCGACCAGGCUGUCCUCCUGUGGUUUGAGGUGGUCGUGAAGGAGCAGAGGGCAGCCUUGAAGGACAAGAUCCCCGACCUGGUGGCUGUCAUUUGCUCCUAUGUGCAGCAAUCAGAGGAUGCAACUCAGCGCCAUUCCCUGGCCCAGGCCGUCUGUGUGCUGACGGAGCGCCACCACAGGGCGGUCUGCGCCACCCUCCUUCAGCAGACCCUCCUCCCGGACAGGGCAAGGAUGGAGCUCUUGGUGGCUGUAGCAACUUACAAGGAUAACAGCGAACCUGUCCUGAGGCAUCUGCUCAACGUGGUGAGAGGGGAAGGAAGCGGCACCCCCAGCUACAUCAUGGCUCUUGUGCCCCUCCGUGAGGGGGUCCUGGCUCUGGAGGGCUGCACCAGCCGGCUCCCGCUGCUCUCAAAGCUGUGCCACGCUCUCUUGUGCCAACUCAGCAGCACGGACCUGAAUGCAGAGACGCCCAACCCUCCUCCUCUGAAAAGGAUGGCGUGUAGCAGGAUGGUGCUGCUGGAACCCCGCAGGCAGGCUGUGCUGGUGCUUCAGGCUGUCCUCAGCAGAGCUCUCCCGGAAUCGGCAGGGGAGAUGGAUGUCUCAGGAGACACCUGGAGCUUCCUGAUGCAGCCAGGCAGUUACCUGAAGGGUGUCGCCCUCUUAGCCAGGUCCAUGGCGUGCUCACAGAACCCCCUCAUUGAUGACCUCCUGCGUCGCAUCCUGCCCCAUCUCAGUUCCUCCAGAACAGCCUACAGAGACCUCAGCCUGGUCUUCUGCAUGGAGAUCCCAGGCCACUCUUUGCUUCACACACCAGAGAUGCUCAACCUCCUUCUGCAAGAGAUGUUGGCCAGGUCCCAGGAUGGCAGCACCGCCCUGCGAGCCCUGGCGAUCCGAGGCCUGGGGAACGUGGCAACUGAAGCCCCCCAUGAGGUGAAGAAGCACCAGGAGUCUUUGCUGGCGACUCUGCUCCAGGCCGCGGGCAACGGCGCCAGCCCCGAAGUGGCCGGCGAGAGCCUGUGUGCCCUGGGCAAGCUGUGGGGAUGUAUCGGGAGACGGCAGAGAGUUCGUGCUCUCCAGGCCGUAGCCGGCCAGGCCCGUGGGCACCUCUGGCACGUGGAUGAUUCCCUCCGCGAAGCAGCCUUUGAGCUCUUGGGCCAGCUGGCCAGGGCAACUCAGCCGGAGGAGGCCAAGUCCUUUGCCAAAGAGGUGGGGAGGUCUUUGACUGCCCUGCUGCUGCACUUCAGGGAACCCAGCCCCACUGUGGCCAAGGCCUGUUCCAUUGCCUUCACGUCAUGCGCCCCCUUCGUGGGCCUGCAAGACCUCACAGGGGACAUGGAGGCUGGGCAGCUGCUGGCGGAUGUCUCUGGCGCACGUCACAUCCACUUGAUGGGCAAAGUGUGCCGACAGCUGGCAAAGAUGGAUCCAACGCUCCUGGGGGCCAUCCUGGCUGAUGUGCCCCAGUACCUGUGCUGUACCUGGGAAGGAGUUCAGAUUGCAGCCUGCAAGCUGGCCGUAAUCCUUGUGGAGACAGCGGAUGCUCAGCGCCUCCCACGGCUGGAUCUGGACCGGCUCCUGGAAGCCCUCCGCCCUCUCUGCUGUGAUCCCAACGCUGCUGUUGAGAUUGCUGCCUCAGAAGCCCUCCGUGCCACCCAGCGGAAAUGCCAGGAGAGGCAGGCUGACUCAGCCCGCAGCCACAGAAGGAGGCCUCCGCUGCUCGGCUGGUUGUUUGGCCGGCAACGUAAAGGUUCCAGGCCUAAGAGCCAGGGGGCUAGGCCUACCUGA